CCUAAGCCUGAAGGUUCUGUCUGUCCGAACACAAAACCAAGACACUAGAAUCUAUGCUCAAGAGAGAGAGAGGCAGAAGAGAGGAGUUUUCAUCUGUCAAUUUGGGGGUCUUUUAAAGUUUUGGGAAAUGGUGAGUCAAUGAAUUGGUUAAGUCCCUCCAUCUCUCUUUGAAUGGUUCUUGUGUUUUGUAUUGAUCUGCUGUGUUUCAAUGGACAAACCUGAAGAAUAAAACCCAUGUUGUUGUGUGGUUGAUUGAUCACUCAGUAGAGGACAACACCAAUAGAUACAAAGACAACAAACCCAUGUCAAUUCAAGGAACACCCACACACACACACACACAUUCCACCAACAUGCCUCCUAUGCCAAACAAAGAUCCUCCUCCAAUCAUUUCCAUAUUUGUUGUCUUCCUACUUGUUGUUUCUUCACUUGUUAGCCCUGUCCUCUCAGACAGCAUUGUGUCAGAUUCCGGCCAACGCAACCAAACUUUCCGGCCACGCCCAGAGUUGGAUAAGUUGGAGACAAUUAGGGAUUUUCUGAGGAAGAUCAAUAAGCCUGCAGUCAAGACAAUUCAGAGUCCUGAUGGUGAUUUAAUAGAUUGUGUUCAACCUCAUCUACAGCCAGCUUUUGAUCAUCCUCAGCUCAAAGGACAGAAGCCAUUGGAACCACCAGAGAGGCCGAAAGGGAAUGAUUCGACAGAUGCAAUGACAGAGGGAUUUCAGCUAUGGACAAAUUCUGGUGAAUCAUGUCCAGAAGGAACAAUUCCAAUCAGAAGAACUACAGAAAAAGAUGUUCUUAGAGCCAGCUCAAUCCGAAAAUUCGGAAGAAAAUUGAGAAGAGGCGUAAGGCGCGACACAACUAGCAGUGAUCAUGAGCAUGCAGUGGCUUUUGUCAAUGGAGAUCAGUACUUUGGGGCAAAGGCUAGCAUAAAUGUGUGGACACCCCGCGUAACCGAUCAAUUUGAAUUCAGCCUGUCACAAUUAUGGGUCAUUGCUGGUUCAUUUGGCAAUGAUCUUAAUACAAUUGAAGCUGGUUGGCAGGUUAGUCCAGAAUUAUAUGGAGAUAGCUAUCCUAGGUUCUUCACCUAUUGGACAACUGACGCAUACCAAGCCACUGGAUGUUACAAUUUACUCUGCUCAGGCUUUGUCCAAACUAAUAACAAGAUUGCCAUUGGAGCAGCAAUCUCUCCAAGGUCUUAUUACAAUGGCAGACAAUUUGAUAUUGGUAUAAUGAUUUGGAAGGAUCCAAAGCAUGGACAUUGGUGGCUUCAAUUUGGGAGAGGACUACUAGUUGGGUAUUGGCCAUCAUACUUGUUCAGUCAUCUGAGGAGUCAUGCAAGCAUGAUACAAUUUGGGGGAGAGAUAGUUAACACAAGGUCAGUUGGGGGAUUUCACACCUCAACACAGAUGGGGAGUGGUCAUUUUGCAGAUGAAGGGUUUGGUAAAGCAUCUUAUUUCAGGAAUUUACAGGUUGUGGAUUGGGACAAUAGCUUGAUUCCUCUCUCAAAUCUUCACCUCUUGGCUGAUCAUCCCAAAUGUUAUGACAUUAAAGCUGGGAGAAACAAUGUUUGGGGAAACUACUUCUAUUAUGGAGGUCCUGGUAGGAAUGCAAGGUGUCCCUAGAUAAUUAAGUACAUUUUUUUUUUUUUUUU